AUGUGGCUCCUGGGCACCGCGCGCGCGAACCUCGUUUUCUUUCCCCAACCUGGACGCGUUGAUGAAGGCUAUGCUAUACUGUCACACACCUGGGGAGAAGAGGAGGAUACGUUUCAAAAGGUUCAAAAGCUGAACCCACAUCGGUCGUCUCCACCAUGGUUCAACCCACGCGAUCGCCUUACUCCAAAAAUUAGAUCAUUCCUUGAGCUCUCUGAGAAGCAUGGGUACAAGUACGCUUGGGUCGACACUUGCUGUAUCAACAAGGAGAGCAGUGCCGAGCUCUCCGAAGGCAUCAAUUCCAUGUUCCGCUACUAUGCCCUCUCCAGUAUCUGCUACGUCUACCUCAGCGACGUCGAAUACUCAUCCCGGUACAAAACAUGGAACGAAUUCCGACUAAGCCGCUGGCACAGGCGGGGCUGGACUCUGCAAGAGCUCAUCGCGUCCCGCGUCCUCGUGUUCUAUUCCAAGGAGUGGACCUGUCUGGGCACCAAGUACGAGCUCGCCGAGCACAUACAAAAAACAACUGGAAUAUCAGAGGCAGUUCUCCGCUUCGAGAUCCCGUUUACCGACGUUAGUAUCGCGACGCGCAUAUCCUGGGCGGCGGAUCGGGAAACCACGCGGCCGGAAGACGCUGCUUACAGCCUCUUCGGGCUUUUCGGGGUCAACAUGCCGACACUCUACGGCGAAGGGCGAUACGCAUUCUGCCGGCUCCUCAUGGAGAUCUCGAAGAAUUCGGGGGAUCCUUCGAUUUUUCUCUUGGGA